AUGAUCCAACACUGGGUCCGCCCUAAGGUUGGAAAUGCCGCCUUCAGUGCCCCUUUCGUUGGACUCAAGUAUGCUUGGUUGGCUCGAUUUCAAUUUUUCUUUUCGGCCAAGUCUAUCUUGCACGAGGGAUACACGAAGUACAAGAACAGGCCGUGGAAGCUCACUGGGAACGAUGUCAUCGUCCUGCCACAGAAGUACCUAGAGGAGAUCCGCAAGCUGCCCCCGAAUCGGGCAAAUGCAAUGAAGGCAAACCUGGACAAUAUGCAGAGCAAAUACACACAUCUGGAUGUGCUGAAUUCGACACGCCUGUUCGUCGAUGUGCUCAAGUGGAAGGUGAACCCACAGUUGGCUAUCUUAAUACCAACGGUGCGGAAGGAGCUAGAUGCGGCCUUUGCACACGAGCUACCUCCGAACAUCAGCGAGGAAGAAUGGACAAGCGUUCCAGCAUUCCACACCCUCCACCGUAUCGUUGGGCGCAUCUCAGCUCGUAUUUUCGGCGGCCGCGAGCUGCGAGAUGACAAUCGCUGGGUCGCCUCGGCCGAGGGCUACCUCAAUAACAUAUUCAUUACUGCUAUCUCCAUCCGACUGGUGCCCUAUGGAUUUAAGACGCUUGCCUCCUGGUUGCUGCCCUGCUCGUGGGAGAUUUCGUGGCGUUUCUGGCGCGCAAAACGUAUUCUACUGCCAUACAUCCGCUACAGAAAGCAGAUAUACGCGGAGCGCCGUGAUGAGAUCCAACGCAAGGGUAAAUCCGAAUUUCCAGACGUGCUCCAGUAUCUCAUUGAAGCUGCGAAGGGCAAAGAUGCCGAACCGCUGCGGCUGGCGUCUAUGGUCCUUGCUCUUUCCCUAGCCUCCAACCACACAACCGCCAUGGCUUUGACGGAAACCUUGUACGACCUUUGUGCCUACCCAGAGUAUCAGGAUGAGCUCCGCCAGGAAGUCCUCAAUGCCUUGGAGGUUGAUGGCGGAUGGGAAAAGACUACCCUUCUGCGUAUGCGCAAGCUCGACAGCUUCAUGAAGGAAUCUCAACGCAUGAACCCCCCAAGUCUCAUGGGAUACAAGCGUCAAUUUACCGAUGAGAUUGAGCUUAGUGAUGGCUUGCACCUGCCAGCAGGCUCACACGUCGAAUUUCCUAUCGUCCCAAUCCAGCACGACAGCGUAGAGGAUCCCACACGAUUCGACGGGCUGCGCUACUACAGGCUACGUCAGAACCGCAGCGAGACCUACCGUCAUCAGUUCGCAACGACCAGUCCAACCAGCUUGCAUUUUGGGCACGGGCAGAAUUCGUGUCCCGGGCGCUUCAUGGCUUCGAAUAUUAUCAAAAUGGUCCUCGGCACGCUGUUGACCGAGUUCGAGUUCAAGCUCGAGCAGCCGGGACGGCCCAAGGGGCUCCACCCAUUCGAGUUCAACUUUCCUAGUCAUAGUGCUAAUCUGAUGCUGCGCCGACGGCGUAAGCCCGUAGGGGUAGCAGGAAGGCGGGAGCCAUGA